AUGGUGUCAGACCGAAACGUCCCGACAGUUGACGAACUACAUCAGAAUUUAUCCAAGGUAUGUUGUUAUUCAUUGGUUUGAUUGAUUUUUAGGAGGAAACAUGGCUAAAAGAGUUCCAAAAGUGCCAAAAACAAAAUGAGACGAUCAACGAAGAAGUCUGCAAGAGAUUGGACAACUUUACCCAGCAAAUCGACCAGUUGAGGGCACGGGUUGCUCCACUAUGCAACAAAACCACGAGCAUUCAAAGGAAACAACAGAGUGAGUGAAGAAAGUUGAUGUUACUGUGUGAAGAAUUCUAUAUUAUUUUGGUUCUAUUAGUUGGAGCAAGCCUUGAUUCAGCUUUCGAAAACGACUUAUUUGACUAUUUAUGGAAAUGAGAAAGGUUUUGAAUGAAUUGCUAUCAGACGCCUAGCUAGCCUAGUGUAAUAUAAAAACUAAGCGAGCCCGAUGUUCAAACAAGUUCUGGCGGUCAAUACUUUUCAUACAGGUGAAAUGACUCAUAAUAGAGCUAUGACAACAGUAAGGGAUGUCAGCUUGAUCCACAAAUGGUUUUAUGUGAGAUUUACCUUCACCAUGACAUUAGCUUCUUGAGCUCAAUAUAAAUCAUCUUCUAGUUGGUUCCAAAGAGGGAGAAUAUGAGUUAAAGUGCAGAAAUGACCUCUAUUAUUAAUGAAAGCUUUUAUUUUCCUUUUUAAAAGUCCAAUUGUACUAGUCUUGACAACUCUUUUGCCUACUACAAUAUCAAAAUCACAAAGACCCCCGUAAAAUCUUACAAAACUCAACUCAAUCUCCAUUUCCAUUUCCAGAUGUGAAGAAGCUGCUUGGGAUUGUCGAGGCGAGCAUUCAAUUCUACGGGAAGACGGUGGAAUUCGAGUCGGCCUUCCGUCGCGGGACGGCCAACUUUUCCCUGCCCGAAUAUCUGGAGCGAAUGGAUGGGCUGCGGGAAGCGAUCGCUUUCUUUGGCCGCAAUUCCGCCCAUAAAGGGCAGCUGGAUACAAUGGUCUGUGCAAAUAUUCGGAUUGGGUGCGGUCCGGGAUUAGUUUUCAAUCAAGCGGGCUUCUGUUGACCUAGUGUAAUAUAAUGGGCAAAAAAUGGCUGAAAAGCGCGACAAAUGCCGGGGAAAUGACUUGUUUUGAGUAGAACAAAGGCUGAAUUAUCUUUACUUUGCGAUUUCAGACAUAAUUUUGGUUUGGAAUAGGCUGAAAUCGUCAAGUUUUUCGAUGGGUAUCACCUGAAAAUAGUGUAAUAUUUUUAUGCUUCCACAUUUUGAAAUUUCUUUCAGAUCUUAUUAAUUCUUCUAUUUUACACCAUGACAUUUAUUGUUACACCUUUUUUGAACCAUCAAACACCAUUUCUUACCUCGUUUUACCAACAGUUUACCUUAUUUUAGCGCGACAGUUUCGAAGCCGGAUGUUCCUUCCUGGAAACGGAGUUCAACAAUGCAGUACGAUCAGAGACCAUUCCCUUGGAUCCAGUGAAGAUUGCCGACUGUCUAGAUGAGAAUUAUGGUAUGUUUUCCAUCAAAUUUUAUAUUGUUCAUGUUUAGAGAUCCCAUCGACUCGAGUGUCGGACCUUAAAACCAUCAAAGACACCUCGAAAUUGGCGUUAAUCGGGCGAUAUCUUCAUAAGAACACUAAGAACCGCGAUUAUUUGCAGUAUUAUGCAAACCAUCGGGCUCAAAAUAUUGUGAAGACUUUGAGGUUGGCCAAUGAUCAACUCCGCGGGUUUGCGCAAAAUAAAUCGACCAGAAUUCAGUUUUUAAAAACGUAAGAGGUCAUUUGGAUGGUACUAGAAAUAGUUUUGAGUGGUUUGGAGAGAAAAAUUAUAUUAUCCAUGAGGUGCCUGAUCUUCAAAUUUACGUUAUUUUUGUCUCAAUUUUAGUACCUUCCGUCGAGGCAAAGGUGGAGAACGACAAGCAGAUGAUCCUUGGGGAGAAAGUGUCAUGACUUUGACGGCAAUUUCGUUUUCUAUUCUCAUGGCUAUGGUCCAGGCAAGUGUAAUAUAAUUUUCACUUUUAUUUCUUCGAUUUUUAGAUUGAAACUGAAGUAGUGGCUAAGAUAUUCCAGAACGUGGAUGUGGAGGCUCAAUUGGUUCGAAGUAUUGCAAGCCCGCCGCUUCAAGAGGUCAUGGAGAAGGUAAUUUUUCAAAAAUCAGAUUGUUAUUUGAAUUUUAGGCACCGAUAAAUCAAUUCGACGCGAAUUUUGUCUCCAUGAUUCCGUUGGUGAGGAUGCUGACGGUCCAUUCCACUCAAUUGACGGCCCUGACACAAAAUGCCGGCCAAUCCGAGCUUUAUCAAACUUUUUGCCGCAAUGUUUUCAGCAAAGGAGCUCAUGUUAUCAACGAUUUCAUAGAUCAUCUCACCAAUGAGCACAUGAGAUUCGUCCCAGAGGACGGAAAUGUCCAUGAAAUCACUUCGAACACGAUGAAUUUCCUAAAAAUCUUGGCGAAGUAUCAAAAUGUGGUGGUGAAUGUGAUGACCAGAAGUGGGAAAGCGGAUGGAAGUGAGCCAGUAUUGCCGAAAUUGUUUUGUAAGUUAGUUUUUAGAUUUUUGUUUUGAAAUUUUAGGGAGAAAAUGGAGCUUUGGCCUAAAAUUACAUUACUUUAGGUGAAAGAUGAUUGUAAAGGCCCUUAUUUUUAGCUCAAAUCCUCGCUGCGCUUGGAGUUAACCUCAAAAACAAGUCCGGAGCAUACGCGGACCCUUCACUUGCCGCGUUGUUCCUCUUCAAUAACUUCACUUACAUCAAUAAUGGCCUAAAAGAAGAUCCCCUCAAAAAGAUUGCAAGGGAUGUGAAAUCGGCUCAACUGGUAUCAUUCUAUGAACAACAGAUCACAAGCUAUCUGAAGAAGUAUUUGGAGAGCUGGAAUCGCGUUCUGACAGUGCUAAAUGACGCUUCGAACAGCUCCGUCAAAUCGAAAUAUGCGGUAAGGAGGGUUUUUUUAAAUGGAAUUUGAUAAAUUCCCUCAGGCACUAGAGGAAAAAUUUUGGCGUAGAAUGAAAGAGGAGUCCUUAAAGUAUAUUACUGAUGUAUUUUCAGAACUUCAACAAAGAAUUUGACAGUGUAAUCGCGGCCCAGAAACAUUUUUGUGUUGUGGACAUUCCCACUGCUGAAUUCAUCCGACAACGAAUCAAAGACAUGGUUUUAGCGCCCUACAUUGAAUUCACAAGCAAGUAAGUGGUCUAGAGUUUGUUUUUGGAGAGAUUUGAGAAAAUAAUAUUAGAAAGUAUGCCUAAAACAUCAACUUUUGUCAAGGGUAAUAUAAAAAAAUUAUUAAAAAAGCUCUUUUUUGAAUUUUAAUAGAAGAUAAAGCUAAAUUGUGAUGUCCAAAGUUGAUUUAAAGAUCCUGCAGCGUAUUUUACAACCCAUUAUGACCUUUCAGACACUCCCAAGAAGCCUCCAACUUCAACCUGGACCGCCAACUCAAAUACGACGCGGAGUCGGUGGAGAUUAUCAUAAAUCGUCUGUUCGACGUCUCAUAUUAA